AUGUCAAAACCACAAGAAGAGAAGGAUGCAGAAGAAGAACAAAGGUUUCAAAGCUCAGGUAAAAGGCUGAAAUGCACCAAAUCCCUCAAAGAAAAAAGAAAGGAAGAAGAAGAAGUAGAAGAUGAAGCGGAAAGCGAGGUUUUAUUAAUGGAGGAUGUAAAAGGAGUAGGAGGAGGGUUUUUUUACUACCCAACGACGCCCACAUCUUUUGUGGUUUCGGAUGCUUUAGAGCUUGAUUUUCCUAUCAUUUAUGUUAACAAGGUCUUCGAGAUCUUCACUGGCUACCAUGCUCACGAGGUCCUCGGUCGGAACUGUCGGUUCUUACAAUACAGGGAUCCCCGCGCUCAAAGAAGGCAUCCUUUAGUAGAUCCUGUUGUUGUUUCUGAAAUGAGAAGAUGUCUUGAGGAAGGGGUGGAAUUCCAAGGUGAACUUCUAAACUUUAGGAAGGAUGGUACUCCAUUGGUGAACAGGCUCAGACUUGCACCUAUACAUGACGAUGAUGGGACUAUCACACACAUAAUAGGUAUUCAGGUAUUUUCAGAAGCCAAAAUAGAUCUGAACCACGUAUCAUAUCCAGUCUUCAAAGAGACUUGCAAUCAACAGUCUGAUGAAUCAGCUGAUUAUUUUCCUCGGCAUGGACAAUCGCCAUUUACUCAGCAUCAAGAAAUAUGUGGGAUACUUCACCUGUCUGAUGAAGUUUUGGCUCACAACAUUUUAUCACGCUUGACACCAAGGGAUGUUGCAUCCAUUGGAUCUGUCUGCAGAAGAAUCCGGCAAUUAACAAAAAAUGAGCAUGUAAGGAAGAUGGUUUGUCAAAAUGCAUGGGGAAGAGAAGUCACAGGUGCAUUGGAGCUGAUGACUAAAAAGUUGGGGUGGGGGCGUCUGGCAAGGGAACUGACUACACUCGAGGCUGUAUGCUGGAGGAAAUUGACAGUUGGUGGAGCAGUUGAGCCGUCACGUUGCAAUUUCAGUGCAUGUGCAGCAGGGAAUCGACUUGUACUGUUUGGAGGGGAAGGAGUAAACAUGCAGCCGAUGGACGACACGUUUGUUCUCAAUCUUGAUGCUGCAAAUCCAGUGUGGCAGCGGAUAAGUGUGAAAUCAUCCCCACCAGGGCGCUGGGGCCACACUCUUUCUUGCCUCAAUGAUUCCUGGUUGGUGGUAUUUGGAGGAUGUGGAAGACAGGGGUUGCUCAAUGAUGUUUUUGUUCUCGACUUGGAUGCCAAACAGCCGACAUGGAAGGAAGUUUCUGGCGGAACUCCACCUCUUCCUAGAUCGUGGCACAGCUCUUGCACCAUAGAAGGUUCUAAGUUGGUUGUCUCAGGCGGAUGUACAGAUGCUGGGGUACUUCUCAGUGACACUUACUUGUUGGAUCUCACUAAAGAUAAGCCAAUGUGGAGAGAGAUCCCAACCUCUUGGGCUCCUCCCUCUCGAUUAGGGCAUUCACUCUCAGUUUAUGGUCGGACAAAAAUUCUUAUGUUUGGUGGACUUGCCAAGAGUGGGAACUUACGUCUGAGAUCAGGCGAGGCCUACACCAUUGACUUGGAGGAUGAAGAACCACAUUGGAGGCAACUGGAGUGUAGUGCAUUAACAGGCAUAGGGAGCCAGAGUUCUGUUGUUCCCCCUCCCAGACUUGAUCAUGUUGCAGUUAGCAUGCCCUGUGGAAGGAUUAUAAUCUUCGGUGGUUCUAUUGCCGGGCUGCACUCUCCUUCUCAGCUUUUCCUUUUAGAUCCUGCUGAGGAGAAACCAACUUGGAGGAUUCUCAAUGUUCCUGGUCAACCGCCCAAGUUUGCCUGGGGUCAUAGCACCUGUGUGGUUGGAGGGACCAGGGUCCUGGUGCUGGGGGGCACACUGGAGAGGAAUGGAUACUAA